ACCAUCGUCAUCAUCACCUGUCUCGUACCAUCGUCCCUCUUCUCUCUCUCCCUCUUUCGCCUCUGCGAAUCAGUUUUUUUUCUUCUCUUCUCAUCUCAGUUCUCAGCCACCGCCAUGUCCGCUGGUUUUUUUUUUCGGAUCUGACCCGUAUCCCGUGUCGGAACGUGUCGAUUCAGGUACUGCACUCCAAUUGCCGAGCCCGGGUAACGAAGUUGUCGUAUGCAGAGUAGUAGUUCUUCUAUCAUGUCAGAGAUGCCGAGAAAUUCGGAUGGUUCGAGUGAGCAAUGUAAAGCUGGACCUGAUUUCUUCAGCUUCUAUGCUUGUCAGAUAGCUGACCUGUUGUCAGAAGAUAAAAAUACUCUGUCCAAUUCCAAUGCAUCCGAGUUGUCUCAAGGGAAGUAUGUGGUGGUCAAUGAUAAAGAGUCUAUGGAUUGCAGUCCUAAAGAUGUUGAUUCACUUUUUGAAAACAGCAUUGGUGCUGAGCUUUCGGAUUUCAAGAAAGGAAGAUUGAAAGGAUUACUUAGGCAAAGUGUGAAUGAUCUCUCAAUGGAAGUUGAGGAGAUGUUAGAUCCUGUUGUGUCUAUGUCUGAGUUACGUUAUAAGAUCAGAAGCAACAGUUUGGUGACUUCACCUUUAGAUGGAGAUGCAGCCCAAGUUGCCAGUAAGAAACCUAAAUUAUCAUCUUCCUUAUCACCAAUCAGCAUCACUGGAAAUUCUCAUCCCAUCAAAUCUGGAUCUUGCAAAGAGGUGGAAGAUGAUUUGGAGUUCCUUCUAAAGAAUGAUAACCAGCUGCUGGUAGAGGAAACAAUGAAAAAAUAUUCUGAUGAACUAUCCUCAACGCUGGUGCAUAUGGAGCAGAAGCUUGAAGAAACUUUAGAUGCUAUAAUGUCCAAGUGUAGGCCUAUGACUCGUACUGAGAAGCGGCAGCUUCAGAAAUUGAUACAACAGCUACCCAAGGAAAAUCUUGUCCGUGUUGUUGAAAUUAUCCAGCGUGGUAGGCCAGCUGAAAAGCCUUGUGAAGAAAUCUUUGUUGAUCUGGAAAAAGAGGAAAAUGUGACGCUUUGGAGAUUAUAUUACUAUGUUGAAGCAGUCGAGAAAGCCAAAAUGCUUGCGCAAUUGCAAUGUAGCACAACCCCAACAUCAUAGCCAUUCUUCUGAGACCACUACAGCAGUUCUGCAUGGCCUUCUAUUGAGACCAUUAUAUGAGUGUCGCUUAAAGUUGCUCAACGAAUAUUCAUGGUCAUCAUUAAGAUUCUUUGCAGAUUGCUGGCGAUCCUAGUAACUUGAUCUUUUUGUCUUCGAGUUAUUGAUGAACUCGUAGAUUUGAAACAAUAGGACAGGCUUUUUUAGUUUUCUUUUUGUUCUUGCCAGAACACCUCUGGACUAUAAUUCAAAGUAUAGCCCCUAUAUUUAGUAUUGAUGGAUCUAUGCAGUAUAGAUUGAAACAGAUCUGUAAAUUCAUUAGCUAAGCAGUAAGAUCAAAGUUUUUCUAGAUUUUGGUUUAUCAGUUGUUUAAACAAGCAUGUUCUAUGCUUCUUGGGCAGCACAACGGCUUUCAAGGCAUGCAAAUUUUGGUCUAUUUAAGUGAAAAUUUGGACUUGGGGAGAA